AUGUCUUCCUCCGCGGGGAUCUCGGUUUAUGGCUUUACACCUGUUUUGUCAUCUGCUUCCACUCUUCUCGAGACCGAUCCUCCAUCAGCAGCGCCCGUUGUUUUUCCAGUGGCCCAAACGCCGAUACCAUCUACGCCUCUCGCCCAACGUAUCGAUGCCUACGCCAAAGCUCAUCUCCCCACCCCGACCUACAAUCAUUCUCUCCGAGUCUAUCACUACGGAAUUGCUAUUAAACGAUAUAGGUUUCCAACGUGGGCCUUCUCCGACGAGACCUACUUUUUGGCUUGUCUGCUCCACGACAUUGGUACAACUGAGGAGAACUUGAAUGCAACCAAAAUGAGCUUCGAGUUCUACGGAGGAUUCCUGGCUCUUGAUGUUCUGCAACACCAGGGAGACUCUAAGAACGCGACCGCUCCAAAAGACCAAGCAGAGAGCGUAGCGGAAGCGAUUAUACGCCACCAAGACUUGUGCCAGAAGGGAAAGAUCACUGCUGUAGGCCAGUUACUGCAGCUGGCAACGAUCUUCGACAAUGCUGGGUUAUACUCUGACAUAGUUCAUCCAUCAACCAUAGAAGAUGUUACCAAGCACUUCCCACGUCUGCAGUGGAGCAACUGCUUCGCUAGGACCAUUGAGAAAGAAAACAAGCUCAAGCCUUGGUCGCACACGUCCACGCUGGGCGAGAAAGACUUCUCCUUGAUGGUGCUCGGAAACACCCUCAUGGCACCUUAUGAGUAA